ACAAAUGACAAAUGUUACUACCAUGUUCACGAGUUGCUACAUUGGUCAACUUCUCAUCGACGAAGCCAGUAUUGUUAAAAAAGUAUCUAACACGUUGGACUGGUACCGGCUCCCUGUGAAAAAAGCACGCAGUCUGAUAAUGAUUAUUAUUUCUUCGAAUUGUCCAAUAAAAGUCACAGCUGCAAACAUAGCUGAUAUGUCUUUAGCUACGUUCACCGAUAUUAUAAAGACAGCAAUGGGAUAUUUCAAUGUGUUACGAUCCACUAUUUGAAUAUUUGAUAAAAACGAUUCACCGAUAUUUGAUUAUAGUAGAUCAUGCACCAGUAGGUAAGCGGAAUUUCUCGAUUGUCGCACUCUUACACUCUGCUAUGAAAUUAUGCGACCCCCAUCGUACAGCAAUAAGUCUGUUUUUUUUAUUAAAAUUCCUCGAAACUUGUCCGCAAUUGUAUGUAAUAAUUGGAU